AAUUGACUCACUCACCCUUUCGUCUUCAACUCUUGUCUCCAACCAGUAUGUGUGGAAUCUUCGCUGUUCACGGAAUCGACAAAGCGGCGAAUGAUCGCGCGCGAUUCAUUGCAUGCUCCAAGCGGUUGAGACACCGCGGGCCCGACUGGUCAGGAUGUCAUGUCGGCAAGCAAGCCAUCCUGGUGCACGAGCGUCUGGCUAUAGUCGGUGUUGAUACCGGAGCGCAGCCUCUACUAAGUGAAGACGGGAAGAUGGUGUUGACUGUCAACGGGGAGAUAUACAACCACAUCGCUCUGCGCGAGUCCCUGGGGCCCAACAUGAAGUUCAGGACCCACUCUGACUGUGAAGUCAUCCUCCCAUUAUACAAGAAGUACGACAAGCAACUGUGUGGCCUAUUAGAUGGGAUGUUCUCCUUCGUGUUGUUGGACGAAUCUGUUACUCCCUCCCGGGUCAUCGCCGCAAGAGAUCCCAUCGGAAUCACGACGCUGUACCAAGGUUGGGAUUCGAAGCGUCCUGGGGCUGUCUUCUUCGCGUCCGAGCUGAAGGCACUGGUCGAUGAAUGCGACAAAAUCGUUUCGUUUCCUCCAGGACACGUCUAUGACAGCAAGGAUGAUUCUACAACGAGAUAUUACACGCCGUCGUGGUGGCAAGGAGAUGCAGAGGGACCGGCAGCGACCAUCCCAACUACAUCGGCGGACCUGACGCUCCUUCGGGAAACACUCGAGGCUGCUGUCCGCAAGCGAUUGAUGUCUGAGGUCCCUUACGGUGUACUGCUCAGCGGCGGGUUGGAUAGCAGUUUGAUCGCGGCAAUAGCGUCCAGGGAAACGGAAAAGGCCGCACAAGCGCAGUACGAGAUACGGAAACGCAAGCUGCAGACUGCGAUGAGCGGCAACACGACUCCGACAGGGAUGAUCGAUGAGCAAGCGACGCUUGCUGCUUGGCCACAGCUGCAUUCGUUCUCGAUCGGAUUAGAAAACUCGCCUGAUCUGCUUGCGGCACGGAAGGCAGCCCACUAUCUGGGCACGACCCAUCACGAAUACACGUUCACUGUGCAGGAAGGACUGGAUGCGAUCCCCGAGGUCAUCUACCAUCUCGAGACUUACGAUGUAACGACUGUCCGCGCCAGUACCCCGAUGUACCUUCUCAGCCGGAAGAUCAAGGCGAUGGGUGUGAAGAUGGUUCUCAGCGGCGAGGGCAGCGACGAAAUCUUCGGCGGAUAUCUGUACUUCCAUGCCGCUCCGGAUCCCGUAUCGUUCCACCAGGAGUGUGUCAAACGUGUCAAGAACCUGCACACCUCCGAUUGUCUUCGUGCCAACAAGUCGACCAUGGCCUGGGGUCUGGAGGCCCGUGUCCCAUUCCUGGACAAGUCUUUCCUUGAGGCGGCGAUGAAUGUCGACCCCCGGGAAAAGAUGUUCCAGAAAGGUUCUGAGCAACAGGUUGACGAGGAUGGCAGACCUCGCAUGGAAAAAUACAUCAUACGGAAAGCGUUCGACGUAUCCGUAGAUGGGAAGCCCUACCUCCCUGCAUCGAUCCUCUGGAGACAGAAGGAACAGUUUUCUGAUGGAGUGGGCUACUCUUGGAUCGAUGGUAUCAAAGAUUACGCGGAAUCCGCGGUGUCGGACGAAGACCUUGCCAAAGGCGCUGAACGAUGGCCCUCAGACGUUCCUGCCACCAAGGAGGCUUACUUUAUCCGCCAAAUCUUCGAUGAAUUCUACCCGACCAAGGCCGCCGCCAGCACUGCCGUCCGCUGGAUUCCGAGAGGCGACUGGGGCUGCGCCUCGGAUCCUUCAGGGAGAAGUGUCAGCAUCCACAACGCAGCAUACGAGUCCUGA